AUACUGAAUUUUUACCACAGUGACGAAUGACGAUCAGUCUAGCGGUUGCCAACGAGUUGAAGAAAUUCUCUCUUUGACGCCAGGAUCGUAAUGAAAAGGAGGGAAGGAAAACAGACACCCAGGACUGUCCCAGAACUGUCCUGCCACAGCCUCUCGGCUGAUACAGAAGCUGCCGCCAGUUUCCACCGCCUGCUGAGGGAGAACCUUACUUCCCCGGUCGCCGCCGCUCCAAGGGAGGAGACGGCAGCCGCUGAGUCGCCCGGCAGCCUGUUGGGUCAGCAGUGUAAGGGACUCGCCUGCAGGUCUUCGGCGCCUCCCGGCCCGUCGUGAGUUCCCGGCUCGUGUCCCCCGGCUGGUCCGGGGGGAUCCGGGCACCGCCUCCACGGCAGCCCCGCCGGACGCGCUGACCGGGCCGCAGCCCGCGCCCCGAGCAGACGGCGUCAUGAAGCACCUGCCCUACUUCUGCCGCGGCCAAGUGGUGCGGGGCUUCGGCCGCGGCUCCAAGCAGCUGGGCAUCCCCACGGCUAACUUUUCUGAACAAGUAGUAGAUAAUCUUCCAGCUGAUGUAUCCACUGGCAUUUAUUAUGGUUGGGCCAGCGUUGGAAGUGGAGAUGUCCAUAAGAUGGUGGUGAGCAUAGGAUGGAACCCAUACUACAAGAAUACAAAAAAGUCCAUGGAAACUCAUAUCAUGCAUACCUUCAAAGAGGACUUCUAUGGGGAAAUCCUCAAUGUGGCCAUUGUUGGCUACCUCAGACCAGAAAAGAACUUCGAUUCUUUAGAGUCACUCAUUUCAGCAAUUCAAGGUGAUAUUGAGGAAGCUAAGAAACGACUAGAUUUACCAGAACAUUUGAAACUCAAAGAAGACAAUUUCUUCCAGGUUCCUAAAAGCAAAAUAAUGAAUGGCCACUGAUGAAAAAUCAUCUUAUUUAUUCAUCACUGUUUUCUAGUAUUUUGUUGCUCAUAGCUAUGCAGUCUCACCUUGGUUAUAUUUCCAAAGUCAAACAUUUUCCUACAACUGUGAGUUAGUAUAAAUAGUACAAUGUAGUUACCAUAUUAUACUUCCAUUAUUCAAUUAAACCCAUCAUGCACCAGUACUGAAAGGAUUCAUUGAUUCAUUUUAAAAAUCAAGAUUGUUUUUUAUAUAGUAUGUUGAUUAAGAUGGACCACUAGAAAGCUCUUAAUAUCUUAUAAUGGAAAUGAAAUAUAUGUAAGUAUGGUAAAAAAGACACAAGUCACUAGUUUGAGAUGAGAACUAUAAUCAUCAUGGUAAAAUACUAACACGUAUGUACAUGUCUGGAAUGCUCUGCUAAAUAGCGAAGGCUUAUAAAAGUACAAGUAUUAAAUAGGUUUGACAGUUUAUUAUAAACUUAAAAGGAAAAUCCCAGACUUUGUAUUUUUAAUAUUUUGUGCAUUAAUGUGUUGUUAUAGACAUGAAGACUUGGGAAAUUUCAUUUUAAUUAGUCAUUUCCUCAAAUCAGUGUACUGUGUUCCAUUUUUGUUACAGCUGCCUCCAUUCUAACUGGUCUAGACUCCUUCCUAUCAUUUUCUUUCUCUUUCAAAGCAGUAAAGUGAGUGUUUUUCAAAUCUCUAGCUCUCAUUUUUGUAUUGUAUAAUUCUUCUCUCUUUUUAAGAGUAGUCUUCAACAUUGUUCUUGACUUUGGUUCUUUUUUCCUUUAAACAAUUGUCAGUGUCAAUUUUUUUUAUCCAUUUUCAUUUAACUCUACACUUAACAAAGGAUUGCACUUAAAUCUAUCAUUCUAUCCCUUCACUAUGUGAACAGUGAUUAAGUGCACAUCUGUAUUGCAUUUUAGGAAAAAAAAACUUCAUACUUAGGUUUCCUGAAAGUUUGAAUGAACACAUACAGUUCAUUUAUAUAUACCAGUUUCUUAAAGAACACAUAAUACUGUUUCCCCUCUAGGAAACUAUUUAGGAGCCAAUAGAAAGUUAUUUAUUUUUAAUGUAAUUACAUGUUCCUGAGCAAAUGUAAACCUGUAGUUGUGCGUACACAGUGUAAUUUAAUGCUAGAUAGUUGUAGCUUGAGGGAAAAGCAUAAAUAAUAAAGUUUUAGUUAAUCUUCAUACUAUUCAUUUUCCUUUCCUAGCUACUAAGAAGUGAUUUUUGGCCACUCAAGACCUUUGUUUAUAUUGGCAAAAGUUGAAAUCUUUGGAUAUUUAGGAAAUUAAUAUUACAGAUUGUUUUGGCCCCUGAAACAGUACAUUUCAUUAUUGUUUACUUUUAAAGGGUAAUUUUAAAGAUAACUCUAUAAAUAAUUUUUGUCUAGUCUGCAUAAAUGAGCUAGAAAACUGAUUUUAACAAAAAUAUGAAGUAUUUAGAAAAACAUCCAAAGCUAAUGUUGGAGAAGGGGUAAGUAUGGAUAAUUUCAGUUAGAUCAUGUUUUACUUUUUGGUGUAUGGAUUAUGGCAAACAGUGUAGUAUGUGUCUUUUUCAUUUUUUGUCUAUGAAAAUAUUUAGAAAUGUGAUUUACUGUUAGGAAUCCUAUACUUGAAAGAAGCCUCAAUUCCCAGUGGCUUUGUAAAGCAAAGUUAAACAUGGAAAGUGUAGACAGAUUUGUUUGUUUGAAGUGCUUGCUGCUAAUUAUGUCCUCAUUAAGUGCAUGAAAGUUCUUUGAUAGUGUCACCUUAACAUUUUGUUAAAUAGCCAUUACGUAAAAAAGUCAUUUGGUGUGAGGUUUAGGGGUUAAUUAAUAGUGUCUACAAUUUUUUUAAAUUUUAUAUUAUAAAUUGUAGUAUCAUUUUUUUAUUAGUUUGAACGUUUUCAGGCCUGGAAAUAAAUUUUAACUAAGUGAUGUUUUUUUCUUG